UGGCCGCCCGGUGCCGCCGCCUCCCCGCCCCCGCCCCGCCCCGCGCCGCCGCCGCCUCGCCGGCCAUGAGGCCCAGCCGGCGCCCCAGCGCGGCCCUGCGUCGCGGCUGCUGAGCCUCCGCCCUCCCCGCCACCACCAUCGCCCUCUCCGCCAUUCCCUCCCCGCCCGGGCGGGGACCCCCCCUUCGCUCCCCUCCCUCCUCACAGCCGCCGCCAUGUUGGGCCGGGAGCCGCAGCGGGGCCGCCACUGAGCCCCGGAGCCUGCGAGGCGGAGGAGGAGGCGGAGGAGGAGGCGGAGGAGGAGCCCGGGGCCUGGCCGCCCCGCACAGCCCGGCCGGCCGGCCGCCCAGCCGCAGCCAUGGCGGAGCAGACCUACUCCUGAAACAUGCCAGAUCAGGAAUCUGAAUCACUUGGGAAACCUUCCGAUUCAUUCUCCAUUAUUAUUCAAGCAGACAAGUCCCCUGAUCUCGUUUUCCAUGUGGUUUGCAAAUGGUUGUGCUACCACAGGAUGAAGAAAGAGAGGAUGAAGAGAGUAGGUGACUGGUAAAAGGGCAUAUUCCCUUGUGGAUUCCAGUCAAGUGUCUACCUUCCUGAUUUCUAUUCUUCUCAUAGUCUACGGCAGUUUCAGGUCUCUUAACAUGGACUUUGAGAAUCAAGACAAAGAGAAAGAUAGUAGCAGCGCAGCUGGGUCUUUUAAUGGCAACAGCACCAAUAACAGUAAGGGUAUUCAAACCAUUGAUUCUACCCAGGCGUUGUUCCUGCCGAUCGGAGCAUCUGUGUCUCUCCUAGUUAUGUUCUUCUUCUUUGAUUCAGUUCAAGUUGUCUUUACAAUAUGCACAGCAGUCCUUGCAACAAUAGCUUUUGCUUUCCUUCUGCUCCCGAUGUGCCAGUACUUGACACGGCCUUGUUCACCCCAAAACAAGAUUUCCUUUGGCUGCUGUGGGCGUUUCACUGCUGCUGAGUUGCUCUCAUUUUCUCUGUCUGUGAUGCUUGUCCUUAUCUGGGUCCUAACUGGCCACUGGCUCCUUAUGGAUGCUCUGGCUAUGGGCCUGUGUGUUGCAAUGAUAGCCUUUGUUCGGCUGCCGAGCCUGAAGGUUUCCUGCUUGCUACUCUCUGGGUUACUAAUUUAUGAUGUCUUUUGGGUCUUUUUUUCUGCCUACAUCUUUAACAGCAAUGUUAUGGUGAAAGUGGCCACACAACCAGCUGAUAAUCCUCUUGAUGUUUUAUCCCGGAAACUUCACCUGGGACCAAAUGUGGGUAGAGAUGUUCCCCGUCUGUCGCUGCCUGGUAAACUUGUAUUUCCAAGUUCCACAGGCAGCCACUUCUCCAUGCUGGGGAUCGGAGAUAUUGUGAUGCCAGGUCUUUUGCUCUGCUUUGUCCUGCGUUACGAUAACUACAAAAAGCAAGCCAACAGUGAUUCCUGUGGUGCCCCAGGACCAGGGAACAUCUCUGGACGUAUGCAGAAGGUCUCUUACUUUCACUGCACACUUAUUGGAUAUUUUGUAGGUCUAUUAACUGCAACAGUAGCUUCUCGCAUUCACCGGGCAGCCCAGCCUGCCCUACUCUAUUUGGUACCAUUUACUUUAUUGCCGCUCCUCACCAUGGCCUAUUUAAAGGGCGAUCUACGUCGCAUGUGGUCUGAGCCUUUCCACUCCAAGUCCAGCAGCUCCCGUUUCCUGGAAGUAUGAUGGAACAGAUAGAAAGUGACCUGAACUUCUGCCUUGGUCCUUUACACUUGUGGCUUUGUCGUCUCCUAGAGCUGGACUGGCUGGUACUUGGGAAGGUACCGAUUAAGGGACUUGUAUGAAAGGACUUCGUGUUAAGAGGAGGAAAAGGAAAAAAAAGCUAAGGUCCUGGAGCUCCGUGUGACUCCGUAUCUCCCUGCAGGUGUGGAAGUGGGGACCCUUUGUGCGACUGCAGCCACUUUCCUCUUUUCCUCACUCGGAUGGAUUAGUACCAGACUAUUGCCUUUGUGAGAGAGGAAGAGACAGACUUGAGACUGAAAACGGCUUGAAGUCGUUCAAAAACUUGUGAACACUAAAA